AUGGGUUUAGCAGGUAAAAACGCGUUCAUGGCGGCGCUGGCAGCUACAGACUGUCCCAUCUGCCUCGAUAUCCUUAAAAGUCCCCUUCGAACCGACUGCUGCCACGUUUUCUGCCUUGAGUGUGCCAGAACCUGGUUCGCCACAUCGAGCACUUGUCCGAGCUGCAGCGCCGCGCUCUACGAGAAGCCCACAGGACGAAGCGGUCAUCGUGAGGCAGGUGCAGCCAACACGCAGCGCCCGACGACCGCAGUGGAACAUGUCCCAGGGCCCAUUCUAGCGCCUGAUCGGGAAACUCAAGAGCAACGAACAACGAUCAGGGUACUGGGUCCGUGGCACGAGGAGGUGGUCUACUUCUUGAUGAAGCGCACCACGCCGAUGGAGAGGCUCAUGAAUGCUUUCAGCGAACGCUCAGGAGAAUCUCAUCUCAGCCUUAGAUUCGUCUGGAGAGAAGCCGAUAUCACCUGGAGGUCCACCGCAACACCGGAUGAGCUCGGACUCGAGGAUGGAGAUACCAUCAAGGCUCGCCUGGUGGGAAUGGUGGAAUGGUAG